AUGGACUUAACACGUCGCCAUCAAGACUGUAUCAUUGAUGAAGCCGAUAGGAUGGAGUUGUCGUGGGAAAAUACGUACGUAGACCCGAUUUCCACAUUCAAGGGAACAGGAUCCGACUCCCCAAACAGUUGUGGCGAUGUCGUUGCAGAAGUAACUUCGCGAAGCUCACUCAUAAAUUUUGACGGUUGCUCUUUCGACUCCGCGUCUAUAAAAUCCGGCAAAGAAGAGUGGGUAGAUGAUAAUGGCAGCGAAUUCUCCCCUCAACAGUUGGAGAGGCCACGACGAUCCCUAGCCAACACUCACAUACCGCCGCCAGAUAAUUCUAUUGAUGAUGAUGAGGAGGACUCGGAAGAAGAGGAUCGGGGGUUUUCUGGAGAUGAGAUUGAAGUGUUCCUCCUCGACUUCUCUGGCUACACAUUCGAGGUAGUUACAGGUCGGAACGGCCCUUUAAUCUCGGAUAACGCCGGUCCGAGUCCAUUGGCGACUGGAGAAUCUUCUGUCCAAGCACACGACGACCAAGGUGGCCUACAAGAUGCGACAUUUUCUGCCUCCUUUCGGAUCUUGGAUGCUAAAGUUCAGAGUGGCAAAAGAGGGGAAUUAUGCUGUCAUAAGCAAGCCCAGCCGAAGCUCCGAGCAGAAGAUGAAAACAUCGAGAGCAACGCAGAAAAGAGAGUUCCAAGGGAUGACAAUGGUGGAGGUGAACCAGGAGACUUUGUCAUGGUUGAGGGAGAAGAAGAGGAAACAGAGGAGAUGACAGACUCGUGCUUAAACCUCAUUAGCCAUUUGGACUACGUCAUGUUCCCAACCGCCGAAGUACUCGAAUUCGUCCGCGGAGGAGAAAUGGAAGUUCUAGAAGACACUGACAGUGAAGAAGGCACCUGCAGGCGAUUCCUCUCCCACGAAUAUUCUGACGAAGAUAAUAAGGAGCUCGGAAUGGGAGAGUUGGAGAACCGGGGCCGAAGGUGGUACAGAUUGAGCAAUAUUGAACAGUUGGCCAAAGUCCCUCACUUUGCUAACAAGACGAUGCAAAUCCUGACUCGCAGGAAUGGUGCUCGCAACUGA